GCACCUAACCAGCACACUCCUCAAUCCAGCAAGAAGGGGUCUUCCGCGAUGCGUGGAACAAAGCGCAGCUGCCCUACAGCACAGGGAGAGAACGAGAACGAGGCUUUCGCAAGCAGCAGAAUGCCCGGGUCUUGGGAAGAAGAUCUAAUUGAUCCUUCCACAAUUUCAACAUUUGACUUUGUGGCACAUAGCCUCAAGUCAAAAGUCAGGCGGUCCAUCGCCCGUCUAUUUUCGCCAGUACAUACUGUGCUUUCUUAUUUCCGCCCUCUUACCUACAAAAUAUCCGCCAUUCCACAAUCGGAUGGUGUCCGACCUUUUAAGAAAAGGAUUAUUGAGAUUAGCGCGAAUGACUCUCCUGAUCAACCCACUCUCGACGAACCAUCUCAUGAUCAAUCUUCUCCGAAUCAACCUUCGCCUGAUCCACCCUCUCCUGCUCCACCUUAUGAAUCUGCUCCUCAUGUCGACCAAGACGAUACCGACGAUUCACUCAACGACACACUUAUGGACAUUGUGUUUGAUGAUCACACCGAGCCACCCGUCAACAUCGAACCAACAGAAUUCGUAUCUCCUGCUCAAUCUCAAGAGGCCAUUAUCGGUUCUCCGAACUGUGCGUCGACCCUUAACACCAAACAAGAACUGGGAGCACCUUGCGGUUCUAAGCCUCCUUCACGCUAUGAACAACGCCUUGCGAGGAUCCGUGCUAGAUCAGCACCAUCCGCUGAUUGCAGCCCGGAUAUAUGGGAACGAGCAGGCCUGGAUCGCCAGGAUCCUUUUGCUGAAGUUAACAUCUUCAUUGAAAGUCUAAACAAGUCCAGCAUUACAGGACACUCUCCCUCUGCGAGUCCCGUCUCCCCCAAGGAUUCGCCAUCCCGAAGAAUGCUCACCCCUAAGAGUGUGCGCACAUUCAACGAGAGACGCCAAGCCAGACUCAAGAACAAGUUCGCCGAGGUGAAACCCCUGUUCCAUGUCCAGUCCGGACCUCUACCUGCUACACCCGAUGCCACCCUCCACGAGCCCUGCGAGAAAGACUUGCCCGAGCUCCCCGACGCCGCCACACCCUGUCCCAGGAAGAAAAUACUGAAGCUUCCCGACGCGCCUCGUGAACACCCAAACAAAACCGUAUCUUGGGCCGAGUUCUCUCAGGCCAGGCCCUUCUUCAUCGACAGCACUAUAGCUGAAAUGCAAGACUCGUUCGUCGAAGAACUGCAACAAGGACACGACUUCGACACUGCUCUUGCAAACAUGGACGACUUUUCGGAUGACGAUGAGAUUUCACUCCAUGCAACAGACACAAAUGACGCUCAUGUCGUCAAUCCCGAACUCGAUCAAGAGUAUCUUUCAGACUCUUCGGAGUUCGACGAGGACCCUGAUCAGGCAUAUCAUUCCGACUCCUCUGAAUUCGACGAGGACCCCGAUAAGGAGUACCAUUCAGACUCUUCUGAAUUCGAUGAGGAUCCUGACGAGAACCCCCAUGGCAGCUCUCUUGCCAAAGAUGUCAACAAGAAACCCCGCGCAAAGCCUUCUUCCACACAGCCCCGUUUCGGCGAAAGCUUCAUGUCCCGUGAGCUGUUUGAUGUUCUAUACGAAGACUUCAACAGCAAGAUCCAGCUUGAAGAUACCACUCCUGCUGCAUCAAAAUCCCCUCCUACCUUGCCCGCUGUACCCAUUCUACCACCUCUUAUCUCGCCCUUGACAGAUGUCGAGAGAGCGACACUCGAGGAGAAAUCGAAUGCCUGCGACCAGGGCAGAAACUCUGGAUUCUCAUUGACAGAAUCUCGUGGCGUAGGACGCGCCUCAUUGACAGCGCACGACUUCUCACGACUGCUUCCCAACUUAUUCAACGGCAACCCUAUGGCUUGGCUUAACGAUGAGAUCGUGAAUGAAUAUCUCGCCAUUCUUGUCCGCUUCUUCUGGGACGCAGAAGGUUACAAAGGCUACAAGUCUACCACGGCCGGCCCAUCAGUCGAUGCCCUCUCCUCAUACUGGUUCAACCAGAAACCUGCUGGCUUGAAACGUUGGUUCAUGAAAAAGAACCUGAUCGGCCAGAACUUUUUGCAAGCAAGACUGAUAUUGCUUCCCAUCUGCCACCAGUCUCACUGGAGGCUUGCCGCUAUCAAACCGCGCGAAAAGCGCAUCGAAUACCUUGAUUCACUUGCCUACGCGAGUCAAGGCAUUACCGAAAAGAUCAUCGCAGCACUUCCUGAGAUCCUCGGAGACCUCUAUGUAGCCAGUGAAUGGACUGUCGGCAUGGAGCAGGAAAGCGUCAGACAGGAGAACGCAAGCGAUUGUGGGGUCUUCACCCUACUCAACGCUCUUGUUCUAGUCCGCGGCGAAGAACACAAACGUGUUAUCUCGGAUGAUGGCAUGAUGGAUGCUCGGCACCGCAUUGCCGUUACCAUAUUGGCUGGUGUCACCACUGGCGAGCUCGACUAG